AAUAAAUUGUAUAGCAAAAAAUAUAUUAUAUUCGUAUGUUGUAUUAAAAUAAAAAUAAAAGAAACUUCAAAUUGGUUCAUCAUAGUUCUACGACGGUGCAAUUAUAAGAAUGGACACUAUUGAUGAUGUUAUGCAACUUGACGGUGGUUUACGUGGUAAAUUCGUGUUAAACAUGAAGAAUGUUAUCGGAAGUGGUAAAUUUGGAACCGUCGUCAAAGGAAGGAAUAUGUAUACGUUUGAAGAGGUCGCCAUCAAAAUUGAACCCAUUCGAUCUAUGUAUUUGUUUAAAGAGAAACAAUGCUAUGAUAUGCUUAAUGCCAAUGUAAACGAUUGUACUAUUGAAGGCUUACUCAAAAUCUAUUAUUAUGGAAAUAUAGGAGUGAAAUAUGCGGCCAUGGCUAUGGAGUUUUUGGGUCCAUCGUUGAACGACCUUUUAACGCUUUGCGGGAACAAAUUGUCAUUAAAAACCGUCCUGAUGAUCGCUAUUCAAAUGAUAUCCAGAAUCGAAUACGUCCACCACUGCAAACUGAUUCACAGAGACCUAAAACCAGAAAACAUAUUAAUCGGACCACCUAGGCAGACAUUGCCGUUCAAAGAAUCGAAGGAGGACAUAAUAUACUUGAUCGACUUUGGAAUGGCCAAAGCGUACAUUGACAGGGUCACCAAAAAUCACAUACCAUACAACAUAGAAGUCGGCAUAUUUGGAACCUAUCAAUUCAUGAGCGCUAACAGUAAUUUAAGUAUAGAACAAGGUCGCAGAGACGAUUUGGAAUCUUUUGGAUACGUUCUACUGUACUUGGUCAACGGCACGUUACCUUGGAUGAAAUAUAUUGAGGGAGAAAAUGUUGAUAUGAAAAAGUGCGGAGAUCUCAAAAAAAAAAUCACAACUAAAACUCUUUGUGCUGAUUUACCGGAAGAGUUUGCCAAAUAUUUUGACUACGUAAGAAAAUUGGAUUUCUUCGAAACUCCCGACUACGAUGAGUUGAUAAAUCUUUUUCAAACCGUUUACAAACGAGAAAAAUUUCCUGAUGACAAUUUAUUCGAUUGGUCGACUGUAUUAUAGCAUAAUAUAAUAACUAUACACAGUCACAUAAUAAUAUAGUGACAAUGUAUCUAAACGAGGUGCCUGGUAUAUUUACUAAAUAUAAAAUGAACGGGUUGCUAGGUCAUCUAGCAACAAUGUCCAUGAAUUUAAAAUCAGAAUUCACCAGAGCUUGCGCAUUCAAUGAGAAAUAUGUAAGCAUAGUUAUUGGACAUU